GCAAAGGUCACUAUAUUUAAAUCAACUUUAGAGUGAAUCACAAUGGUCGUUACGAUUGUUUGGAUGCACAAUUGGAUAAGCUUGAUAUUGGCGGUUGCUAGUCUUUUUAUAGUGAUACUCUUUCUUUUUUUCUGCACUUGCCUCGAAAAAAAGAAGAAGCCUACCCACUUCUACAUAAUAGACGAAAAGGGAAUUAAAAGGGACAGUGUGAAAAAUGAUUUUGUUGGUGCUUCACCGUGCAACCUAAAUUUAUUCCGAAGAUUUUCCGGGACUACUGAACCAGAACAUAUAUUCACUUCUAAGAAUUUACCAUUUUACUCGAUAAAUAAUGAAAAGGGACACAGCUCUGAUUUGGUUGAUUCUAUAGAAACUACGAAAAGUUUUGAUAAUUUGGUACUACAGUUUGAUGGUAGUGAUGUACCCCUAACGUGUAGAGAUGAACUAAGGUCCUGUGUAAGUGUAGAAUCACUGAACAGCUUUUAUUCUGCCCAUCCAUCUACAAUCGCAAGGGGUACGUCAAGAGAAAGUUUUUGUAGCUUAAUAUCAGAAUAAAGUGUUCAAUGGCAUCUUCUGAAUCAUUACAAAGACUGAUUAUAUUAGAAAUGUAAGAUGAAAUAUUAUAUUUUGUACUAUUUAUGAAUUUUUAUUAUAUGUAUACAAGUAUUUGUUU